AUGACCGACCAUCCUCCUGACUUCUCCCGCACCGCCAACGACGCAGUGUCGCGACUGCACGACUACCAGGCGCAGAAUCCUCUUCGCGUCACGACUGGACCAAGGGGCUACUCAACUUCUCCGUCGCCCGGUCUAGCUUCCCCGUCCAUGUCUCCAACCACAUCCGUACGCCAGCUAUCGCCGCCUUCCCCGAGGGUUCCCAGCUUCCAGCCUUCGCGUAUGGCUAUACCUCCAACAGCGUACGCUCAUUCUCACACCACUGCGCAGCAUGCUCUGCCGAAAGGUCCCCCGCCCAUUAUCGGCACGCAGUCGAAGUCGCCAUCCCCGCCGUAUGCUCCGCCGACAGUUCACAUGCCCAUUAUUGGUACACAAUCGAAGUCGCCAUCCCCUACGUUCGCUCCACCGACAGGUCACAUGCCCGUCAUUGGUACGCAGUCCAAGUCGCCAUCCCCAGAGCCAUCACCAGGACCGUAUGUGCCGCAGAUCUAUCGCGAGCCGCUCACUUGUCUCACGCGCGAGAUGCUCUACGAUCGCAUAUACCUAGUUCUCCGGGAUACCUUGACUAUCUGGUGGGCGGAGAAUCCGGUGGCAAUACAUCGUCUAGUCUACUAUCUGUCCGACUAUGUCAUCGAUCUUGGCGUACACGGUAUCUUCGGUCCCAAUGGUAUACAGUCACUCUGGCAACUCUGCAUGACCAUAGGACAUGAGGGCAGACGUAGCUAUGUGUGUCUGGCUGUCCACCCGGAACACGGCCGCACUGGGGGUCCCACGAUCGUUCUCAAGGGCAACCUGACCGAAAAGGAGGGGAAUGACCCGUUGGUAGACGAGGAGGUCUUCGGAUUGGCCAAGGACGGUUUUGAGAAGGCCGCUAUGGACUUGCAUGCAAUGAUCCUUGCCAAAUCUCCAAGGACUUAG